AUGCAACCGGCAAAGCCAGUAUCACUAGGAAAGAAACUGCAGGUAACACCGUCACCAUAUGCCGUGAGUGUCACUCAAACAACAGCUGAAUAUUCAGCUCCAAAAAUGGCUCCUGUGUCAGCACCUGUUCUUACAACAACCACCGUUCAGGCACCGAUGGCAUUUUCUGCGCCUCCACCACAACCGCAGAUUCAAACAAAAGACAAGGCAUGUGAGGCUACUACAAGCACGGUUUUGUGCGCCACUGGGGUGCAAGCUAAAGAGGUGCAACAACCGAAGCCGGUAACAUUUGGAAAGAAACUACAGGUUGCACCGUCUCCCUAUGCUGUGAGUGUCACUCAAACAACUGCUGAUAUUCCAACUCCGCAACUUGUUCGCGUUGAGGAAGCGCCGAAGGUGUUUGCUGCACCUCCACCACAACCGCAGAUUUCAACUGAAGAUAGAGCUUGUGAAGCCAUUGCAAGCACGGCAGCAUUCGAUGCUGGAGUGCAAGCAGCAGAGAUGCAACAACCGAAGCCACUGUCGCUCGGAAAGAAACUCCAAGUAACACCGUCUCCUUAUGCCACCACUAUUUCUCAAACAUCGUUUGAAGCGCCUGCUCCGAUUAAGCCUACAAUGGUCAGUAGAGAGAUUCAAGUAUUGCAGCAUCCCCUAGAAACUUCAAGUGUUCAAGCAACUGUUCAAGAGGUUAGCAGGUCCCAGCCCAGAAUCGUACAAAUUGAUGAGGCUCCGAAAGUCUUUGCUGCGCCACCACCAGUCCCCAAAUCCGUGACCGAAGACAAGGCAUGUGAAGCUAUCGUUGGUGCGACCGCGUUCGAUGCAAGUGUCCAAGCUGCCGAAGGUUCAACUCCAAAACCAGGUAGCUUGCAGUACUGUAUGGCCAACACGCGAACCACGGACACCUCUGCUCCCGUUGGGAUGGGCAAGAAAUUGCAAGUAUCUCCGCUACCUCUUGAAGUCUCCACUGUCCAGACAAGGACGACUGAUAUCCCUCCGCCACCGCCGCAACCCGUCGUUCAAGUGAUGGAAGCUCCAAAUGUAUUUGCAGCACCUGUAUCUUUAAAAGUUGAGCCAAAGGACGCAAACACGCAGUCAAAUCCCGUGGUAGUUGUACACAGGACCCUGCAAACUACCGACGAAUUAACAGCGAAGGUGAGGACAGAAAACGUGUCUUGUCAGUCUGAUCCCGUUCCACAGCCCGUUAAACCGAUUACCUAUGGUAAAAAGAUGCAGGUUGAUUUACGCUCACCCAUAGAAUUUGAGUUGGUGCAAACCAAGACCGAUUUAUCGUUUGAUGUAGCCAGUGUCCAGACUAAAAUCGAUAUGCCAGAGCCAAUGGUGAUCAAGGAACCGACGAGAGAAGCAGUACCGCUAUUUUCGGCGCCACCAGAACCCCAAACGGUAGACAGAGCUCUCGAUGCCAAACCGUUGACAAAGGUGAGCGUUGCGACAGUUCAGGCCAACUGGAAGAGCCUUUCAAUUUCUACUGUGCAAUCCUUACCAACAGACAAGAUUGCCAUGCGAGACACUGGGUGCGAUCCUCUGAAAAGGUGGAUUAAAGAGACGGCGACACAGUCGGAGGAGGUCAUCAAGUUCGGCAAAAAGAUGCAGGUGAUGCCGUCCGCGUUGGCGACUGGAAUCAGUCAGACCAUGUGGGUGGAAAUGGAACCGGCUCCAGUGGUUAGGCAGGUGGACAUGCCAGUUGUUGAGUCUGCGCCACCAUUGGCACCUGUGGUUUCAAUGGAAGAUGUUGCCUGCGACCCAGCGCCUGCCCAGCCAAGCGUGAAUGCCUUCACUCAGUCCGACAGUGUGGUGACAUUUGGAAAAAAGAUGCAGGUGAUGCCUGUCUCUCUCGUUGUUACCGCAAUUCAAACAUCGCCUUCUGAAGUAGCCGUUUCUGCAGCUCCUACAAUUAUUGCGCAUCAAGACGAAUCCAGCAAGGUGUUUGCAGCCCCGCCCGUCGCCAGGACGGCAACAGAAGACAAGUCCUGUGAACCAUUGCCUGGAAUUGUCAGCAGGGAAUGGGGAAUUCAGGCGACUGCAAAGACGCCAUCUCAGGACUUCGCUGUACAGUACGACACACCGAUUCAAAAGCCCACCUGUCGCAGUGUGCGAAUUCAAAAGGGCGUGGGCGCGUUCGAGGGCACGCGUGCCAUCGGCACCCAGUUCAGUGCUCCUGAACCUCGUCGUUCACCGUUUUCACCGCUCUUGCCAAGAGUCGUCGGAAUCGACUGGGGUGUGCAGAACAAGCCGACCUCAAUGAUCGGCAUGACGCAGACCUCGCCAACAGAAGCACUCGAUUCACCGCAAGUUAAACCCGCCAUGUACCCGAAGAUUACACAGACCAGCUUGGAAAUGCCCGAACCGACAAAACAGACUAAACUGUACUCAGCUCCACCUGCGUCACCGAAACAGCCCGAGAACUUGUUCUCGUUUGUGCGCGAGACUAAAGCACGAGUCACUUCUCGCAGGGGGCGAGCGGGGUCGCAGGGAUUGAUUCCUUACAAAACACAAGUCUUUAACCAGAUUGGUACACUGUCGGUGAGCGUUCCAUCAAUGCUGAAUGUACGAACCGACGAAAUGAGUCCGAUAACGGAGUACCAGGCGUAUUCACAUCGCACCACAGCCUCCCAGAUUCCACGCCGGUACGCUAGCAGGAUUAGGUCACCAUCCAUUAGAAGCACCUACAGCAGACGAAAUCGGUCGAUGGAGAAUAUUCCCACAAGAGGCUCACGCACCCUCCCACGGCAAUACAUCAGCGAUAGUGACCUGUCAAUAGGCAUGCGGCAAAUGCGACAGCAGAUGGAGUUGGAACAGCGCUGCGACGAAUGCAUUACCCAGUGCGUGCGUCUUAUUGGCUACGACAAGGUGGCCCAAAUGGUCAGGGAGGCAGGAGCGGCUGAGGAGGGUGUGGAAAACGAUUUUCUCGACAGUUUCUAUGGAAAGCGAAGACGCCUUCAAAACGCCCGAACUCAGUACACGUCGACGACGAGAAUCGCCUGUCCGUACUGCUAUCAGGCCUACGGCUUCGACGGGAUGGAAACUGGUGCGAGGGAAGGCGAUGAGGGCGACCAGUGGCGCGCUGGUGGAGAUCGCAGGGUUGAAGAAAACAUCUACGGUGGAGAAGAUGGCUAUGAGUGGGACUCGGUGCAGUCGCCCUACAGCUCUACGAAACACAGCACCUUUAGAUGGAUCACGAGAACGCCAAUCAGUCGAGCAAUGCAGACGGAACCCACUCAGGGUGAGGUGGAUCAGUUGAUGAAGAGCAGAGCUCUGACUGCCUACUGCAGCGACUUUGAACUUCAGCAAAGUGGAAUAAAGGCUAAUUUCGAGGAGAAUGCUGCUUUUACCUUCGUGGCUUGGAAGACAGGCUACGAAAGCGAGGACAAGUUGGAGCUGGACACGGUCGGGAACUUGCUGAAGCUUACCUUGGUUGGAGCUCGAGUACCCGGAACUGGUGAGGUGAUCUCCGCUGCAGAUGCCUUCUAUCGUGGAAUCCUACGAGUCAUUUACAUGGACGACGAGCGAGGUGCCAUUCUGCCCCUCCCAACCGCAAUCAACGCAAACGCUGUGAUAGUUGAGAAGCGGUAUUCCACUGGCGUUGGAAUAGCCCUACGUAGUCAUCCCCGAAGAUAUCCAGUUGAAUGUGCAUCGGUUUGGCAAACACCGAACAUGUGCCGACGGACCUACCGAGUGAAUUACAUCCAACUUGACGACAACGAACGAAUAUCUGUCGGCAGAGCCCUGGACGAAGGCAUUAUCGACAAGUACAGCGGCGAACUUGUUGGCGUGACAGCCCCGCCCACCGCAGACAUGGGCGAUCCGCUGCUACAGAUGAGGGAAUCGAGCGUUGGGACCGGCGAGACUAUGGCCCGAAAACAGCGCCCUGAACGGUUCAACAUUCGUGAGGCCAUCCUCAACGACGUGAUUAGCGUCGAUUUAAUCGAGCCUGAAGUCAUAGUUGCACCGCAAACCGAAGCUGACUCCGUGACAUUCAGCCGACACCGCGAGGGCAGCCUCUCAGUUAGCUCAGACAGUCGCUCAGACCUGGAGGUUUAG